UUUCUUUCGUAAUCUACGACGAUCAGUGAAUGCCCUACGUUUAUACUUUCGUAAGGGACUUCGGUGAAUUAUAUGGGAUUGUUUUUAUCCGGUAUAUUAUUGAUUUCCUUAACAUGUAUAUGUAUAUGUUAGUUCGUGUUUUUAUCUUGUCAGUAUAAUUUGUGCGUGUGUUAUUAUGCUUUACACAACAUCAGCGAUAGGAUAUCACACCGUUGAUCAGGUAAACACAAGGUGAAAAAAGUCAUUCGAACGACUACACGAGUACAAUAAUUGGGUAUGACGACAACAAGCGUAAUGGAGGAACAGCAAUCUAAACAAUCAGACUCUCUGAAGACAGAUAUAGGAUCAGACACUCCGACAGAUAGAUUGAACUCAGACCCUCCAACAGAUAGAGAAUCAGACUCUCCGGCACAUAGAUUGAACUCGGACCCUCCAACAGAUAGAGAAUCAGACCCUCCGACAGAUAGAUUGAACUCGGACCCUCCAACAGAUAGAGAAUCAGACCCUUCGACAGAUAAAUUGAACUCGGACCCUCCAACAGAUAGAGAAUCAGACCCUCCGACUGAUAGAGGAUGGGCUUGGGUUAUUUUGUUUGCUUGCUGUUGUGAACUAUUCUUGAUAGUUGGGACACUGAAGUCCUUUGGUUUGUUCUUUGUUGAGUUUUUACGUGUUUACGAUACCACUGCAUCUAUGGUAUCCAUUGUGCUCUCUAUACAGACGGCUAUGUUUAGUUUUUUUGCAUUUUUUAUUUUAACAUUGGGAAACAGAUACUUUAGUAGCAGAAAACUUAUAAUGGUUGGAGGGUUUGUGGCAGCUUUAGGAUAUUUGUUGAAUGCAUUCGCUCCGACAGUUACAUUCCUUAUCUUCUCUCAAGGUAUUCUACAUGCUUCCGGAUGUGCCGCGUCAUAUGGACCAGCAAUAGUGUUACUUAGCACAUACUUCGACAAGAGGAAGGGACUAGCUAACAGUUUAGCUAAUGCUGGUGGCAGUAUCGGAGGUCUUUGUAUUCCUUUGUUGAUAAGACAUUUGCUUGAUACAUAUGGCCUCCAAGGUGCUUUGAUGAUAAUGUCGGGCAUUUUGUUCCACAUAACAGCAGCUGGGGCUCUAAUGAGACCUUUUCUAAUGAACACAAAUACCAAAACCAGCGACAAACAAAUUGAAAUUGUUUUGAUACAUGAAGAAGAUACUUCUAAAACAGCAAACGGAUCAUCUAAAGCAUACGGAACAUCCCCCAAUGAAAAAGGAGAACACGAAUCUUCUAAAAUGUUUGUGCAGCUAGAACCACAGGUAAGCGUCAAGUCAGAGCGCUCACUAGGAAGUCAUCACUCUAUAGUUUUAGAUAAACUGUCCGGAAGUGCAUUAAACUUAUAUGGAAGUAUGGGAAGUAUAGCUAAUGCAAUCACAGUUGUCAGCUUUGCAAAGUCAAACCCAUCUGUCAAUAGUAGCAUGUCUGAAGUCGACAAAUCAAAAUGUUCUUGUUGUUCAAAUUUAUUUAACUGUAACAUUUUAAGAAAUCACAGUUUCCAACUUCUAAUGGUGACAGGAUUAUUAAGUGUAUUUGGAAGUGCAUUAACAAUUACUUUCAUCCCACCAUUUGCCAAAGACUAUAACAUUCCUGAUGAUAAAAUUGCACUGUUAGUGACAAUAUCGGCCGUAUGCGACUUUAUAGGUAGGUUUUCUAUCGCAUGGAUAGCAGAUUCAGGAUUCCUAAGACGAAACCAUCUCGUUGGUGUAUGUAUAUUUAUAAGUGGCGUCGCUGCAAUGCUAAAUCCAUUUUAUACAGAUUUUCCCAGUUUUGCAGCUUAUGCUGCUACCUAUGGACUAGUCGGAGGAGUUUAUUUUUCCUUGUAUCCUCUUCUAAUAGUGGACGCUGUUGGACAAGAAAAUUUGUCUGACGGACUUGCUAUACUGUUUCAAGUUCAUGGUGUUAGUUUGAUGGUGAAUUCAUUUCUCAUAGGCUAUUUAAGAGAUAUAACAGGCUCUUAUCAUGGUUCCUUUUUCUUAAUUGGAAUAGGAUUACUAAUUGGAACUGUUUGUUUAUUUUGUGAACCUAUCGCCAGAAAACUAGAAGAAAAACGGACUAAAACUGAAUUGACAGGGUAACAUUUGAAAAUAAAAUUCAUGUUAUAUAA